AUGCCAUCUGCUGCUUUUGCGAGCACUUCGGUGUUUGACUCAUCAAAAUCACUGCGAGGGACGAAGACGUCAGUAGAGAUCAGACAGGGGUCUUUCUUCUUCUUCUUCUUCUUCUUCUUCUUCUUCUUCUACUUCUUCUUCUUCUCCUUCUCCUCCUCCUCCUCCUCCUCCUCCUCCUCCCCUCUCCUUCCCCCUCCCGCUCCCUCUCACCCUCCUCCUAAUCCUCCUUCCACCUCGUCAUGA